AUGCGAUCGGAAAAGGUCAUACUCCUUCGACACCUCGUCGCCCUCCUCACAGUAUCCUCCGCAUCCUCCUGGAUCCAAUCUGCCCACGGUCUCAAGUUCAGCCCGAUCAACGAGAUCAUCCUCGGGACCGAGGUUACCAUCGACUGGACCGGUCAACCCUCCCUCGGAAACGUCGAGCAAUCGGUCGUCCUGAUGAAGGAUGGUAAUGCCCUCUUGACGCUCUGUCAGGGUCAGAUCACGGGCUCGGGCCAGUGUUCAUUCGAUUUGAAGGAGGAGCAUCAGGUUCUGGGGGAUGGGUAUCAAUUGGCGAUGGUAGGGAUGGAUGGUGUUGCGUUGGAUUAUUCGCCAAAGUUUUCUAUCAAGGCUGGGAAUGUCGAGGUUGAGCCGUCGUCUGGUGGUGGUGAGGAUGAGGAUGAGUAUGGAAUUGAGGCUGUUAAGGAUAAGGAUGACGGCGAGGAACAAGGGGAUGGGGAUGAUGAUGAUGCAAAGGUGGAGAAGAAGCGUACCGGACACGGUGACGAUGGAGACGAUGGAGGUGCCAAGAAGAAGAAGGACAAGAAGAAGGGUCGCGGUUACCAGAAGAGCCAAGUCCACAAGCAGAGUGCUAAGGACAACAAACAGCAACAACAACACCACCACAAUAAUGAGCAACAACAGAACAAAAAACAGCCUAAGCAACACAAGCAGAAGAAACAACAGCAGCAAAAGGAUGGAUACUACAAGCACCAGGUCGACAAACUGGUCAAGACGUUCCAGCAGCAACAAAAGGAGCAACAUCAAAAUCGAUUCACUGUCAUGUCGACUGGUAGUCGUGAGCAGCGUGCAAAGGAGGCAGCGCAACUCUUGGAGAAGAACCGUCAUCGCCGACAGAUGCUCCUCGUCGCCAAACGCCACCAAUACCUCCGCAUGCGUCAACUGGCUGUCGGUCUGCAGGCAUCAAUCAACUCCAUCUUUGACCAACUUGCACCCCCUAUGGCACACGCAGCUGAACCAUCCAGGGCUCAAGUCGUCGUCUCCGCCUCCGAUGAUGCCGACGAAUCCAAUAAGGACAGCAACGUUGGCAUUGGAAUCAACCCUAUCCUCGGAAACGAUGCCCACGUGGAAUUGAUGCCCGAGCGUCCCAUCCAAAAAGCCGCUACUGGUGCUGUUGCCGGCGGCACGGACGAGAUUGACAUGGAGCUGGCGGAUGCGCUGGAACAUCACCCGGACAAGAAGGACAAGAAAGAGAAGGAGAAGAAGGCAGAGCAAGCGGACGCCAAGAAAGAGAAGGAUGCUAAGGCGGAAACCAAGGAUAAAGCAGAGCAGGGCACUUGGGGCAAGAUCUUUGGCGGCAUUGCGACGUUUGGCAAGAAUGUAGGAGCGAUUGUUGCGGAUGGAUUCACAAAGGUCCAGCACGUCGUCGUUGGUGGAGGAGCUGCUACACCCGAGGGUGAGCUGUGA